CUCACUUUUGCAUUUGGAUCACUCUAUCUUGAGCACAAAUGACACAAACAAGCCUUUGUUUAUCGUCAUCAAAUGUGGAGAGUUGCAGCAGCCAUAAUCAUAAUAACACCAAAGGUAAAAGAUCGUCAACAAGAAGAGAUUCAAGCAGCAAACACCCAGUUUACAGAGGGGUGAGGAUGAGGAGUUGGGGCAAGUGGGUGUCGGAAAUCCGGGAGCCCCGCAAGAAAUCUCGCAUUUGGCUGGGCACCUUCGCUACGCCGGAAAUGGCGGCGCGUGCUCACGACGUAGCCGCUUUGACCAUCAAAGGGCACUCCGCCAUUCUCAACUUCCCGGAACUGGUGGAUUUGCUUCCCCGACCGGUUUCUUUAAUGCCUCGAGACAUUCAGGUUGCCGCCGCUGAAGCUGCUUCCAUGGUCAAUUUCAAUACUUGUUCCGAGUCCAAUGGGUCGGAAGAAGCAGAAGAGCUGAGUGAAAUCGUUCGGUUACCCAACAUAGAAGGGAAUUUCGAGUCACAAAGCGAGUUUAUACUAGUUGACUCGGUUGAUGGGUGGGUUUAUCCUCCACAAGAUGAGAUAUGGAUUUGA